CCCGCCCCGCGACCCGAACCGACGCGCGCCACCCUCCGGAAACCCGACCCGCGCCCGCGUGCACCCGUGCGUGAGCCGCGCCCGCGUGUGAAGCCGCGCCCGCGUGUGAAGCCGCGCCGCGCGCUUUUGUGUAGCCGAGCCGCGUCUCCCUGUUGCAAGCCGAGCCGCGUCUCCCCCUGUUGCAAGCCGAGCCGCACGCGAAAUCCCUGUACCGAGCCGAGCCGCGUCUGCCCAAGCCGAGCCGGUCCUGUCUUCUUCCAGCCGAGCCGCCAGGACUAAAUUGGCUCCAUCCACCUAUAUUUUGGGACGUCUUGGACCAAGAAAUUACUGCAGCGCGGGAUUUCCUUCAGUAGGGGCUCGAGCACUGCAACCUCCUUCUAGGUUAGGACUUCGUCGCUUGGAAAGCGUACUGCCUCGCGGUUAGGACUCGACAAGUAGAUCUCCAGGGAGAAUGCCGCCACGUAGAGGUACACGCCGAGGAGGUGGUAGGGGAGGCAGAGGAGCCGGUCGUGGCCAGCCGGAGGCGCCACCUGUUGCACCGGCAGUCGACCCAAACGCACCGGUCACCCAGGCGGAUCUCGCCGCAAUGGAGCAGCGUUAUCAGGACAUGCUGCAAGCCGCUUUGGCGCCUUUCCUUGCCGCCCAGCAGAACCAGGCCGCCCCUGUUCAGGCCGAGGCCGCCCCUGCUCAGGCCCAGGCCGCCCCUGUUCAGGCUCAGGCCGUCGCUCCUCCAGCCCCUGAGGAAGCUCAACCAGUACCAGUUCAACUGUCGGCCGAGGCGAAACACUUACGGGAUUUCAGGAAGUAUAAUCCCAAGACCUUUGACGGAUCCAUGGACAACCCCACAAAGGCCCAAAUGUGGUUGACGUCCAUAGAGACCAUUUUCCGGUACAUGAAGUGCCCAGAAGACCAGAAGGUGCAGUGUGCAGUCUUCUUCUUGGAGGACAGGGGCACCGCCUGGUGGGAGACCGCGGAGAGAAUGCUAGGGGGCGAUGUAAGCAAAAUAACAUGGGAGCAGUUCAAGGAGAACUUCUAUGCUAAGUUUUUCUCCGCCAAUGUGAAGCACGCCAAGCUGCAAGAGUUCCUAAACUUGGAGCAAGGCGACAUGACGGUGGAGCAGUACGACGCCGAGUUCGAUAUGUUGUCCCGCUUUGCUCCCGAUAUGGUAAGGGACGAGGCUGCCAGGACGGAGAAAUUCGUUAGAGGACUCAGGCUAGACCUUCAGGGCAUUGUCAGAGCCCUCCGCCCAGCCACGCAUGCUGAUGCACUACGUAUAGCACUGGAUUUGAGCCUGCCUGAGAGAGCCGAUGCGUCUAAGGCUGCCGGCAGAGGGUCAGCCUUGGGACAGAAGAGAAAGGUUGAGACGCAGCCUGACGUAGCACCGCAGCGAACACUGAGGUCAGGAGGUGUCUUCCAGAGACACCGACGGGAGCUUGCAGCAGCCGGGAGGACUCUGAGAGAGCUACCUGCUUGUACUACCUGCGGGAGAGUCCACGGAGGUCGUUGCUUGGCUGGGAGUGGAGUCUGCUUCAGGUGCAGACAGCCGGGGCACACUGCUGAUAUGUGUCCUCGGAAACCCUUUGAGGCGACACCGCCCCAGCCUUCUGCGGCCCAGCAGGGGAGAGUUUUCGCCACUACCCGGCAGGAGGCCGAGCGAGCUGGCACUGUGGUGACAGGUACGCUCCCAAUUUUGGGGCACUAUGCUUUUGUGCUAUUUGACUCUGGGUCAUCCCACUCGUUUAUAUCCUCCGUUUUCGUUCAGCAUGUGGGUUUAGAGGUAGAGCCUUUGGGUAGUGUUUUGUCGGUCUCUACUCCAUCUGGGGAGGUCCUGUUAUCCAAAGAACAAAUAAAGGCAUGUCGGGUAGAGAUAGCGAAUCGUAUGUUAGACGUGACCUUGCUAGUGUUAGACAUGCAGGAUUUUGAUGUGAUACUAGGCAUGGAUUGGCUAUCAGCCAACCAUGCAAAUAUAGACUGUUAUGGCAAGGAAGUUGUCUUCAACCCUCCCUCCGAGGCUAGUUUCAAAUUCAGGGGGGCAGGCAUGGUAUGUAUACCCAAGGUCAUCUCAGCCAUGAAGGCUAGUAAACUACUCAGCCAGGGUACUUGGGGUAUUUUGGCAAGCGUAGUGGAUGUGAGAGAGCCGGAAGUUUCCCUAUCUUCCGAACCAGUGGUAAGAGAGUACCCCGAUGUUUUUCCAGACGAACUUCCAGGACUUCCGCCUCCCAGAGAAGUAGACUUCGCUAUCGAGUUAGAGCCGGGCACUGCCCCAAUCUCGAGGGCCCCUUACAGAAUGGCUCCAGCCGAACUAAAGGAGUUGAAGGUCCAGUUACAGGAGUUGCUGGAUAAAGGCUUCAUCCGGCCCAGUGUGUCGCCUUGGGGAGCCCCAGUAUUGUUCGUGAAGAAGAAGGAUGGGUCAAUGCGCCUUUGUAUUGACUACCGAGAGCUGAACAAGGUGACAGUCAAAAACCGCUACCCCUUGCCCAGGAUUGAUGACCUGUUCGAUCAGUUGCAGGGAGCCACCGUCUUCUCCAAGAUCGACCUGCGAUCAGGCUAUCACCAGUUGAGGAUUAGGGACGGUGACAUCCCCAAGACGGCCUUUCGAUCGAGGUACGGACAUUACGAAUUCGUUGUGAUGUCUUUCGGCUUGACUAACGCUCCUGCAGUAUUCAUGGAUCUGAUGAACAGGGUGUUUAAGGAGUUUCUAGACUCGUUCGUCAUAGUCUUCAUUGACGACAUCCUCAUUUACUCAAAAACUGAGGCUGAGCACGAGGAGCACUUACACCAAGUUCUGGAGACCCUUCGAGCCAACAAGUUGUAUGCCAAGUUCUCCAAGUGUGAAUUCUGGUUAAGGAAGGUGACGUUUCUUGGCCACGUGGUUUCCAGUGAGGGAGUUUCAGUAGAUCCCGCAAAGAUUGAAGCGGUGACCAACUGGACCCGACCGUCCACGGUUAGUGAAAUUCGAAGUUUUCUGGGCUUGGCAGGUUACUACAGGAGGUUCGUGGAAGACUUCUCACGUAUAGCCAGCCCGUUGACCCAGUUGACCAAGAAGGGAACCCCUUUUGUCUGGAGCCCAGCUUGCGAGAGGAGCUUUCAGGAGCUCAAACAGAAGCUAGUGACUGCACCGGUCCUGACAGUGCCCGAUGGUUCGGGAAACUUUGUAAUCUAUAGUGACGCCUCCAAGAAGGGACUAGGUUGUGUCCUGAUGCAGCAGGGUAAGGUAGUUGCUUAUGCCUCCCGCCAGUUGAAGAUCCAUGAGCAGAACUACCCUACCCAUGACUUGGAGUUGGCAGCUGUAGUCUUUGCACUGAAGAUAUGGAGGCACUAUCUGUACGGUGAGAAGAUUCAGAUUUACACCGAUCAUAAGAGCCUGAAGUACUUCUUCACCCAGAAGGAGUUGAACAUGAGGCAGAGGAGGUGGCUUGAGUUGGUGAAAGACUACGACUGCGAGAUCCUAUACCACCCAGGUAAAGCGAAUGUAGUGGCUGAUGCGCUAAGUAGGAAAGUUGCACAUUCAGCAGCGCUAAUCACCAAGCAGACCCCCUUACUCAGGGACUUUGAGAGGGCAGAGAUUGCAGUCUCAGUAGGUGAGGUUACCGCACAGUUGGCUCAGUUGACAGUCCAGCCAACCUUGAGGCAAAAGAUCAUUGCUGCUCAGCUGAAUGAUCCUUAUCUGGCAGAGAAGCGUCGCGUGGUAGAGACAGAGCAAGGUGAAGGCUUCUCCAUAUCCUCUGACGAUGGCCUUAUGUUUGAAGGACGCCUCUGUGUGCCGGAAGACAGCGCAGUUAAGACGGAGCUUUUGACUGAGGCUCACAGUUCCCCGUUUACCAUGCACCCUGGGAGUACGAAGAUGUACCAGGACUUAAGGAGUGUCUAUUGGUGGAGGGGCAUGAAGAGGGAUGUGGCAGACUUUGUCAGUAGAUGCUUGGUGUGCCAGCAGGUGAAGGCACCUAGGCAGCAUCCAGCAGGGUUGUUGCAACCCUUGAGUGUGCCAGGGUGGAAGUGGGAGAGUGUGUCGAUGGAUUUUAUUACGGGACUGCCCAAGACCCUAAGGGGCUACACGGUGAUCUGGGUCGUGGUCGACAGACUCACGAAGUCGGCCCAUUUCGUGCCAGGGAAAUCCACUUACACUGCCAGUAAGUGGGGGCAGCUAUAUAUGACAGAGAUUGUGAGACUACAUGGAGUACCCGUAUCCAUCAUUUCAGACAGAGACGCCCGUUUCACAUCGAAGUUCUGGAAAGGACUUCAACUUGCAUUAGGUACAAGGUUGGACUUCAGCACGGCAUUCCACCCUCAGACUGAUGGUCAGACAGAGAGAUUGAACCAGAUUUUAGAAGACAUGCUGCGAGCCUGCGUACUAGAGUUUUCAGGAAGUUGGGACUCCCAUCUGCAUCUGAUGGAGUUUGCCUAUAACAACAGCUACCAGGCUACUAUCGGUAUGGCACCGUUCGAGGCUCUGUAUGGCAAGUGCUGUAGAUCCCCUGUCUGCUGGGGCGAGGUUGGAGAGCAGAGGAUGCUAGGCCCCGAGUUAGUACAGACGACCAACGCAGCCAUACAGAAGAUCCGAGCUCGUAUGCUGACAGCCCAGAGCAGACAGAAGAGUUACGCUGAUGUACGACGUAAGGACCUCGAGUUUAAAGUGGGAGAUAUGGUCUUUCUGAAGGUAGUGCCUAUGAAGGGUGUUCUGAGGUUCGCGAAGAAGGGGAAGCUGAGCCCACGCUUCGUAGGGCCGUUCGAGAUAUUGGAGCGGAUUGGCCCCGUGGCUUACCGCUUGGCGCUACCCCCAUCGUUUGCUGCAGUGCACGACGUAUUCCAUAUCUCCAUGCUGAGGAAAUAUGUCGCAGACCCAACACAUGUGGUGGACUUCGAGCCACUGCAGGUUAGCGAGAACCUGAGCUACGAGGAGCAGCCUGUCGAGGUCCUGGCAAGGGAGGUCAAGAAGCUUCGCAGUCGAGAAAUCCCACUGGUUAAAAUCCUUUGGCAAAACCAUGGAGUGGAAAGAAGAUCAAGAUCAAGAUCAAAAUCAAGAUCGAGAAAGAAGGUUAUUAGUUGGAUGAUGUUGUUAAUAAUAAUGUUAUUGAUGAAUGAAGAAGAUGAGUUAUUGAUGAUUUGCUGCAAUGCUUCUUCACCAAUUGCUACCAACAAACAACAACAACAACAACAACAACAACAAGAAUCUGCGUUGUUCAAAUUGAAGCCUAAAAAUGGUAAUAAUUAUUACUACGGCCAUUUCUUUGGUUUCUUGCCAAGAAGAAUCCCCAUUCCUGCCUCUGGUCCUUCAAGAAAACACAAUGAUAUUGGCUUAAGAAGUUGGAGAUCCCCUUGA